AUGAAGGACUCCACUUUUGGUCUGUUUCUGUUCUCUGUCCUGUUUGCCAUCCCGGAAGUGAGAAGCAGGGAACUGAAGCUUUGUGGCCCAGAGUAUGUGAGAACAGUCAUCUGUAUCUGUGCCAGCUCCAGGUGGAGACGACACCUGGAGGGCGCGCUGCAAGGUGAGAAAAGAAACUACUUCCAACUCCUAAGCAGACAUGAGACUUCUCAGGAAAGUAUUGAGCAGAACCUUCCCAAGGUGGAUUCCUCAGGAGAGGAACGAGCACAAGAUCAGCAGGUGCCCAUGGAAAGGCUUUGGGAACCAGUGAAGCAUUCGAUGACGUCCAGAUGAGAUUUGCAAGCUCUGUGCUGUACUGCUGGAUGCGCCAUUACUGAUCUUGGUGCCUUCUGUUAG